AUGUUUACUCACAAAGCCAUUUUCACAAAUUCUAUCGUGGACGUCCCUUCUUCUGCUUCUACAACCUACUCAGUCCCAACUUGUGCCUCUAAAUCGUACGUUCAAGAGGACCAUAACUAUAACAAAAAACAAAAGAUUUCUGAAAACGCGUCUGCUGCCUCGCGUUCCUCCAAGUCUGCCAGGAAGAAUGCCGCUGGUACAAAAUUUUCUGUAUCAAACAAUAAGAAAACCCAAGCAAAUGGCAUGCUUGCUCCAAUAUUAUCGAGUGCAGCGAACGCGACUAUAUUCAGCUAUUUCGGUAAAAAGGAAGAACGAAACACGAAAGGAAGAGAGGAUAUGUGCGCCGACGCGAACGGUAUCGAAGAAAAAUGCGUAAUGGGCGCUAUGGAGAAUACUACACAUGACGUUCAUACGUCUAAAGAAUACAAUCAAAUGGGUUCUAUAUUAAUAGUCGACAGCGAUUAUGACAUCAUUAACGUUGAUGGCUUUCUUGACAAUACUGGCACUGUUGGUAAUAUGGCACACGAAGGCAAUGACAAUUUGAUGUCCGAGAGAAUUCUCAGACAUGAUGGUACAAAUGACAACAUAGAAACCAGUAUCAUCUAUCUGUCUGACGACGACUAUAAAAGCGAUAUGCUUUCCGACAGCAUUGGCGAGGAUGUGGAUCAAUUGCAUCCUUUAUUCAAACCGCGUUUAACUAGACUCUCAUCUAAUACGAAACAAUCUCAUAUGACGCAAUGCAUCCACGAGUCAACUGCCGCAACCGAUACGUUAUCCGAUCCGUCUUUCUUAUUUUCAUCUUUUUUCUCAGUCAAUACUCCCUUCACCUCAAAUCAACCCGGUACAGUUCUCACAACCAACGAAAACGUAUCAGCUUCGUUAAUCGCAAAACUUGAAAGCGAGCAUUUUUUUGCAUCUGGUUCAGCGCCGAUCAAACAGAAAAGUGAACACGACAAGCGAAAAGGAUGGGUAAAAGGCAGCAAAAAGCGUUGUCCUUGGUAUAAAAUGUUACCAGCGUUGGAUGACAACGAAACAGAUACGACAAUUACCGUAGACGCAUUUAAAUAUGGGCAGAUUCCGCACUGUACUGCUUAUUUUCUCAGCCAUUUCCACUCUGAUCAUUACGGAGGUCUUUCCUCGACUUGGACUCAUGGACCAAUCUACUGUUCAACGGUGACUGGAAAUCUCGUAAUUCAAAAUCUCCGCGUAAAGCCGGAAUAUGUCCACAAACUCCCAAUGGAUACGGAAAUUCCAAUCGAAUCCGAACGCGUUACUAUAAAAAUAAUAAAACUGUUCGACGGUACUUGCACACUGGCGAUUUCCGGGCAUGUCCAAAGCAAGUCCUUCAUUCGGCCAUUGCAAACCUCUCAGGAACAAGUGGUGAAAGCUGUAGUAUCUUUGAUAGGCAAAGCAAUCAAAGGAGGUGGGUUGGCACCGGUGAGUAAGGAUAAUGUGAGUAAAAAGAAGAUGGUAAGAGAUCCGUCCCAGAUGGCUCUGGAUAAUUGGCUAAAACUGGCGAAUGGUAAGAAAAUUAUUAAAGAGGAGAAACAAGUAAUCGAAAAGAAGAACAUUCAUGAUAUAAACGGAAUGAGCGCGCAGAAAGAUAAAAAGGAUUAUGCAAAUGGGAUUGCAUUAUCUGAGAGUAAGUUGCUGGUUGUCGUGGGGACAUAUCUCAUUGGAAAGGAAAAGAUAUUUAUUGGUAUUGCUAAAGCUCUUGGUUCCAAGAUAUACGUGUCAGCAGAGAAACGGCGCCUUCUCGCAUGCCAGGAGAAUAAAGAGCUUGACUGUCUAUUAACAAACGAUCCUUGUGAAGCAUGUGUUCACGUUGCCUCAAUGGCUAGCAUCAGACAAGACCUCCUGGUGCAAUAUUUAGACAGUCUUCGACCUCGAUUCUCUACAGUUAUAGGGAUCCGUCCAACGGGAUGGACAUAUAAACCAACGGUUGAACAACCAUUCCAUACAACCGAGGUUCUAUUAAACACUCCCCCCAUUUACUCGGAUGCUAGUAUAAAACCGACUUAUACAUCUUCAGUAUGUCAAAUAUUUGGCGUUCCGUAUUCAGAACACUCGAGUUUUCGUGAACUUGCUGCAUUCAUCAUGUCGUUGAAUGUGAAGCACAUUGUACCGACGGUUAAUAUUGGGACCGAGAAGAGUUGCAAAGCUAUGAAUUAUUGGUUGUGUAAAUGGCAAGAGACUAAGCAGAAAAAUGGAAAAGUUGUUGUUGUUCCAUAUCCUUUAUUAACCCAUUGGUAG